AUGCCGACAACUUUUCUGGACGAGGGCAACCUGCUUUAUUUACUUGGAGGGACUAUCUUCGUAGUUUCCAUAGUCGUUAUAACAUUGUUCAUCAAGACGAAGGCCAAUCGUUUGAACUGGUACGUGUUUACUUUCUACAAACUAGAACAUAUCAUCGAUAUUCCGUUAAGGUUUGAGCAAAAUCUGGUUGAGAUGUCUAUGGAAGCUCAUCACUAUCGUUGUAAAUCUUUUAAUAGGGCUGAUACUGAGGACGAUACGAAAAGCAGCGAUCAUCUUUUGACACGCAAUCCCUUCAGUUUCCGUGAGCGCAUACAACGCAACCAGCACGACAUCCAUCCGGUAACGGAUCCUCUUCCUUUAGUUGGCCAUCCGACUGGUGAUGUUAGCGGAAAAUUUGUAAUUCCCCGAUUUUCACGUAUAAGUCAGAGUAUGUUCGUCAAUCCACAACAAAGUCAGUUCGACCGGGGAUUGUACCAGUGCACGGUGAGAAGAAGGGUUCCUUCUGUGUGCCAUUUGCAUCUGAGUGAAUUUAAGCCACCUGAUGAGUCAGCGUGCACUGAUGUAAUGGGAGCGUCUGGAUCGAUCCAGCUCAGUUUGUCUUUGGAUGCUAAUCUUGGUCUACUUACCGUUUCAUUGAAACAAGCAUAUGAUUUACCAAGCAAACGACAGGUGAAAUUUAUUGUCGCAGUUAUCGCAUAUGAUGACAAUCCCAAUCCAUACUUUCGCGUAGCGUUAGAUAACCCAGAUGGGGCGAAGACACAACAACAGACAAAAACGUUUCGUGGGACAACUUCACCGGAGAUAGGAGAGAACUUUUAUUUCCAGAUACCAGCUGCUCAAAUUGCCUCUUGUCGCUUGGAAAUUAUGGUAUAUGACUAUGAUCAGUUCAGGUAAAG